UGUGCAUUGCGUUUGCAUUUGCAAAUCGAUUGUGAUAUCGCAUUUGUGAGUUCCUCAGCGUUGUAUUUAAGAACACAUAUUAUGUUUUAAACCAGUUUUCAAUAUUUAAGUUAUCAAUCAACAAAACUGGCGUGUAUGUCGCGCAAUCAUCGUACGAUCGGUAUCGCAAUCUAAAAAUCGUCUGCCGAUGGCUAGUUGCUAGUAUGCAGUUAUCGCUGCGAUGCUAGCGCUCGGAACAACAUAGUAGCAAUUAUUGUAACCAGAAUAGGUAAUAAGUAAAAUAUGGAGCACAGAGUAUCAAACGCACAGCUAGACGAACUCCUUGAAUAUCUAGCUGAGCAUUCCGGCCUGGUCUCCGGGGAAUGUCGUGGUACACGGUCUAAGGAAAUAGUCGACAAACAAUGGAACGAUUUAGCCAAAAAACUUAAUUCGUACGAAACUGGCUCGUCUAAGUCUGGUGAGCGAUGGAAAAAGUACUGGGCAGAUUUAAAACAUAAAAGCAAAACGAGAUUGGCACGAUGGAAGCAGGCCUCCUUAGACGGAACAAACAACCAAGACUUGUCAGAUGUUGACAAGAAGGUGUUGGCCAUCAUCGGAGAGCGAGGACCACCUGUAUUUGAAUCGCAUCCAGUAGUCUACGGGUCGUCAGAACAUAAUCUAAUGACUUCAGAUGUCGUUAUAGAAAAAUCAGAAUUACUAUCACCAUCAAAUUCUGUCGCCAGUUUAGAAUCGAAUGAUGGACAAGAGGAAACCAGUUCAAUACAUGCAGAGAGUACCAAAGCGACCCGGUCUAGCAGAACGAGACCGCGACUAAGACUCAAAAGAUGCAGAUCAACUAUAUCUAGGCCACCGCAAACAAGUCCUGUUCCAAAAUGGGUGAUAGAAUUAGAAAGGAACAGGGUUCACGCGGAGAACAAGAUGGCGGACGCGGCCUUGUUAAUGGUUAACGCGGCAAACAAGAUCGCUGACGCGGCGCUCAGACAGACUGACGUCAUGAACAAGGUUGUAGAGGUUGUGGGGCAGUUGUCCGCCAUGCUGCCCAGGAAUAAUAACCAGUAGGAUAGGAAUAAAGUUUAUACGAAUGUUGAUUUGUUGUUGA